AUGAGUACCACUGCAUCAGCAGAUCUGUGUGCUGAUUCACGAUCUCGAUUCUCGCAUAAUAAAGCUCUUUUCGAGCAGCUUGAGCGUUCCACUGAGCAGCUACCUUCGUUUUAUUCACCACGACCUCAGCGACCUCCACCACCACCACUACCUCCGAAGCCACUCUUACAAUGCCCUUCAUCACCGCUUUCACAGGUAGCCAGAAACUUCUCGGAUCUGGUAUCAGAUUUGGAUCGUAUUUCACAGGAUCAUUCUUCACAAUUGACAAGUAUCAACGAAGCAUAUUCAAAGGUUGAUGAAGCACUUAAUUGUGAAUUAAUCAACGAUAAAAUACUCAUUAAUUCAACAAGUAUUUCUAAACCCACUAAAUUAUAUGAACCCUAUUGGCGAGAUCCAUCGUUCUAUAAGCGUCGCUAUGGUGUUGAUGGCAUCGCAAUGGUUAAUCAAAACGAUCCUCAUUCGCAGCAAGAAGCAUCAUCAGUAAGGCACAUAACGUACGCACUGGUGAAGAGUCGGAGGCAUGAUGAUGAACGAUUCAGUCAAGAUGCUGCUUCUGAUGCAGAUGUCGUCUGCGUUGAUAAUGGAUGCUCGACGAUCGCAGAUCAGGAGCAAUCCACCGAGACGAUCGAAAUGCUUAGGGGUUUAUCACCAGAUGGCGAAGUGAGCGGUCGUAAAGUAUCGUUCAGUACGGCUCCUAUUAAGGUAUUCACAACACAUAGCGUCGCUGAUUACGAUCGACGCAAUGAUGAUAUCGAUCCAGUAGCUUCAUGUGCUGAAUAUGAACUUGAAAGGCGCUUGGAUAAAAUGGAGAUUUUUGAUGUGGAACUAGAAAAAGGUGCUGAGGGCCUUGGAGUAUCGAUAAUUGGUAUGGGUGUUGGUGCAGAUUCUGGCCUUGAAAAAUUAGGUAUUUUUGUGAAGAGUAUUACACCGGGUGGAGCGGUUCAUCGGGAUGCACGGAUACGAGUGUGUGAUCAGAUUGUUAGUGUUAACGGGAUCAGUCUUGUUGGCGUUACUCAGAUAUUUGCUGCUGAAACACUACGAGCCACCUCCAACAAGGUUGUCUUCACAAUAGGACGUGAAACAAAUUUAGAAGAUAGCGAAGUGGCACAAUUGAUCAAGCAAUCGUUGGAGGCUGAUCGAAUUCGAAAAAUAGAUCAUCGAACAGAUGACGAUAUUGAUAGUGAUGACGAUGAACAAUCGUCAAUGCUGACCAGAAUGGUACCAUCACAGCAUGAACAGCAAAUACGAGCGCAUGUUGACCAGUUACGUCAAAAGGAUGCUCACUACAGUAUUUUGGUGUCACAAUUGAAGGAACGUAUCGAUGAACUCGAAAAACGUCUCGAAGAAAUGGCAAAACAGCGUACCAGUGUUAUGGAGGGCGAAUUAUCUGAGUUGAAAGAGCAACUUGCUGCACGUGAUGUUAGUCCAGCACUUGCAUACAAACCUACAUGUGCUCACGAAGUGAAUCCAGUUCAAUCAAAAGUGGUGGCUGUCAAAGCGAGCCAAACGUCACAAGGAGCACCACCAACAACGUCGCAGCCAGCCACUGGAAUCGAGAGCGGUGGCGAUAGUUGUACGGAAGAGGCUGCAGCGUCUUGCGAUGAACAAAAGUCAUCGUGUGAUAGUCCUGUACCGAGAAUCUCUGAGCCUGCAAGCCCAGCAAUGCCACAUAGCCUAGCGUCAGUCUUUAGCGCGUUGCACGAAAAAGAAAUAGAACCAGUAACCUUUCAGGGAUUACAAGUAGUUCAUUGGACAUGUGAUGAUGUCUGUCAACUUCUUAUUCAAAUGGGACUCGAUAAAUAUAUUCCUGAGUUUACUGUUAAUCAGAUCACGGGCAAUAAAUUUCUGGAUCUCGAUGGCAACAAACUCAAAGCGAUGGGCAUUCAAAAUCAUUCGGAUCGUUCGGUGAUCAAGAAAAAAGUGAAAGCAAUAAAAGCAAAGAUUGAAAGGGAACGAAAAGCGCUUGAAAAGGAGAGUCGACAUCGAACGGUAGCAUCAAUUCAGUAA